UGAGUCGGCCAGGCAAUUGAGCCGGCCACCUUAUGCAGCCACCCACCUUGACACGCAGAUAACUCAACACCACAACGUCGUGCUGUGGCUCACAGUACGUCAAAUUAAUCCACUCUGUCUACAGUAUCUUGCUUACAUGUGCGCUUAUUGUGCCCAGCCUAACCACACCUCUUACAGCGUUGAGAACCCUCUCUACUACCACCUGUUUGCACCCUCUCCUCACGCCUCUCUGCCUCUGCCUGCACCACCACCUCUUGUGCAGCUAUUAUUUCCUCUGCCUCUUGCUGUGAUAGGGUUCCUCUAUACUAGAUCUGCUUCCUUUUACGUGCUUUACGCUCAGAAGCAGCUUUAUUUGCUGCUUGAAGCUUAACCAUCUCAGCCGCCAUAAGCACCUGGGAAUGCACCAUCAUAUCAGCUCCCUUUUUAAACUGCUGCACUAUCUCAAUAAUUAAAGCUAGAGAUAAACUGUGGUGCUGCCUAAUCUAGUUAGAUAUCAGCGUUGAUUAAGCUAAUAUUUCAGCAGCGUUGCUUAGUGUUCUAGGUUGCCAGGUAGUAGGCCCUAGUAAAGGUAGUGUUAGCGUACAAGGCUUUACUUCUGUCAGAUGCUCGUACUGUGAGCCAGAGUAUGUGCUUAACGAGAUCUUAGGUGGUAUGAUGAUAUAUUGAUAAUCGUG